CUGGAGGGUCAAACUUUCAGCAACUGCUCGCGUUUUUCAGCUCCAGCAGCCGGGCAUCCGUCGGGCAGCUGCUUCAGAUCAGCUGCAUCUGAGAAUGUCAUGGUCUGGGGGGCUGGUCCUAGAUCAAGCCAACAAUUGCCAGAUUAUCAGCUGAGUCAGGAUGGAAGAGGCAGAGCUGUUAAAGGAGCGACUCCAGGCCAUUACGGAUAAAAGGAAAAUCCAGGAGGACAUUGCUUCAAAACGACUGGAGAUUGACAGGGAGAAAUUAAAGCUGCAGCACCUCAAGAAAAAGUCCAUGAGGGAUCUGUGGCUGAUGGAUGGUGCGAGUGCUGGAAAUGCUCAGGAGGCUCAGAAAGCUCAGGAGGACGUUCAACAGACCAAACUACUCCAGAGCAACAUCCACCGGAUAGAGAAAGAAAUCGAGGCUCUGGAGAGAGAAGAGCUCAACAUCUCCACAAAUGAAGGCCUAAUUCUGAAGAGGCUGAAGGCCAUUGAGAAGUCCACUGAGGAAAUUAUAAAGGCAGCAAAUGAAAAUUUCAAAUCAGAGCCAAUCAAUGUUCAUCCAGGAAUUCCAGAUGCAACAAAAUCAUAUACACCUUUAAACCCGAGGAAACAGCCAACCGUGAAUGACCAAGACACCACAAAUGACCAACACAAACCUGCUUUGUUCGCCAUGGAGAUCAACGUGCAGAAGGACCUGCGUACGGGCGAAAGCCGCGUCAUCUCCACCUCCACCGUCUCCACUCAGGAGCUGCAGCACAAGGGCAUCAAGGUGUAUGACGACGGCCGUAAAUCUGUGUACGCGCUCCGCUCGGAUGCCGUCCAGCCUGGAGCCAACGGUGUGGACGAACUCAGCCCAAUGGAAGUGGAGGAGCUCCUUCGGCAGGCAACGGAGAAGAAGAAGCGGCCCCAGGAACUGGAGGACCCUCCAUUCAACAUGAACUACAUCCGCUCACCAUCACCAAGCAAGCCUUACAUACACCAAUGCUCCAAUGGCUACCUUAGAGAGCCUUACAGCGCGGAAGUGACCGCAUGGCCUGAGUUGGUAUACUGUGAUAGCAGCGAACACUAUCCAGGACGGGAAAUUCACCCACCUGCUCAUAUGUUCCACCAUUACAGUGAUGAGCAGGCUGAGUAUUACUCUGGCAACGGGAACAGUUAUGGUCACGAGCCGUAUCAGAGAGAAAUGAGAGACGGACAUGGGCCGUUUUACGACCCCCAAGACCUACAGAGAGGAGCUCUUCAUGUGGAUUCAGAGUUGAACCACAGGCCGCCUUCAGCUUACAGCAACAACUCCAAAGUCAGCAUCUUAAAUGCUCUCCCUUCAGAUGAGCCAGUCACCAUGAUCUUUAUGGGCUAUCAGGCCGCAGACGAAGAUGCUACUAGCUACGAGGGCUCCGUUCGGGCUGAGCUCGUGGUUAUCGGAGAGGGUGAGGAAGACCGCAGUGCCCAUCCACACCUAAACAGCAAUGCCAACAAUGCAUCCCAACGCCAGGCCUCAGGCCAGCUCCAGAUCACAGAGGGCACCACAGCUACACAGAUGGGGACUGAAAAACAGGGCCAAAGAGUCUAGACCUCCAGCUCAGAGAGACCAGAGAUGGACGAGGAAGAAGAUCACUGACCACAGAACCACCAGCAACAGCUUCAUCUAAUGGAUACAAAUGUUUGCUGACCGAAUUUAAAACUUCAGUCAGCAAAAUGACACAGAAUCUGAUUCAUGUGAAGAUACUCGAGAACAAAUGCUUGGUUUAGAUAAAAGAGACAUUUCUUACCAGAGGAGUUCAACCAACUUUUCAGAAUUUCUGUUUAAUUAUAUCCUGAAGAUUUAAAGUCAUUCAGAGUGGUCUGCUGUGAAAUGCUCCUUUUUAGAGAAACGUACUGAGUCAGAAUUGUUCACAGUAGUGGUGAUAGGAGCCAGACGUCCACCUCUAAAAGCUCCCUCACAGAAAGUAACUACAUGAAAAGACCACGAACAUGCUGGCCGAUGUCUGAAACACUGUUUGAGAUCAGGUUCGUGAUCAGAUUUUGGCCUUGUGUAUGUACUUUUUUAAAAAGCCAUUCCUGGUGUAGAGGUUCAUUUGGGCAAAAUAGCCUCCAAACAAUUCACUUAAGCCAACUUAUUUUUUCAGAUUUUCCACUAUUCUACCAUCAUCAUGAAAUAUAAAAACUCAGAAGACACAUGUAGCUUCACUGGUGGCUCUGGAUAGCAAACAGAACAUCCAUAUCUGUGUUGUGGACCAUGAACCACAUUACAUCAAACCACUCUGAGCGACUUUAUUUACAUCUCAGUGAGGAGACUACCCUGAAAUUUUGAGCAAUAAGUGGAAUUCCCCUUUGAUAGCAUUUGAUAGGACUGAAGUAAUUUGUUCAAUACAAGUAGUAUGCAUGUUGCCUGAUAUCUGAGAUAUUUUACAAAAGACAAGAUUUUGACCUAAAAAAAAAGUUUACAUGCUAAUUCAUGGUGUAGGGGUACAUGCAGGGUGUUGUGAAGCAAAACAGUCCCCAAAGAAAGAUUUAACACUAUUUUACCAUCAUCAACAUUACAUAUAAACACUCAGAAGACACAUGUGGGUUCACUGGUGGUUUUGGAUGGUAAAUAAAAUGGCUAUAAUUGUGUCGUUGUAAUGGUGAUCCCUGGUUCUCAUCACCACCACUGUAAAGAAAUCUGAGUAUCUACAAUCAACCAUUUCACAUUAAACUAUAUUAAUCAUCAACAAUCAGCUUCGAUCUCCAUCAGUGUGUCUUCACAGGUAUGAAGAGCAGGUUCUAAUUAUGAUAUUGGUGGUUUUCUUUUCUAGACUGUUGUUAAAAGCAUGUGCUGGAAGUCCUUUGUCCCAAAGCUGGUUUAAAUAUCUGAAAGGUUUGAGUGGUGAAGAGUGCUGACAUCACAACGCCUGGCCUUCAGCUUUAACCUAAGGGCUUUGGCGCUGUCACUAAUAUCAAUGUGUGAUAUUGUUUUCCUCUAAAUCAAGUUAAGUUACUGUUAACCAACAAAGAAAACAUGCUCA